ACGUGGCAGUCUCCCUGAAGCCCUGGCUAGCUAGCUAUCUACCUAGCUAGGAAGUGUACACUCGCCAACGUUUACAAUCGAGCGUUUUGGGGGAGAGUGUACUGGUUUUGUUAUUCAUAUCAUAUGGGAUAUUUGGAGACACAGUCAUACAGUACAUUUAUAACCACCACGUAACGAUAGCUAAAAUACAAAUAUGUUCACUGCUUCGGAACUCGUUGUCCUUCUUGCCGUCUUGUCUGCCACAGCGUCCGGCUACUUUGUUAGCAUAGACGCCCAUGCCGAGGAGUGCUUCUUUGAACAGGUGAACUCAGGGACCAAGAUGGGCCUGAUGUUCGAAGUUGCCGAAGGAGGUUUCUUGGACAUCGACGUUGAGAUUACAGGGCCAGACGGUAAACAGAUUUACAAAGGGGACAGAGAGUCUAGCGGGAAAUACUCUGUUGCAGCACACAUGGAUGGAACAUACAAGUUCUGCUUCAGCAACAAGAUGUCCACCAUGACACCCAAGAUUGUCAUGUUCACAAUUGACAUUGGAGAGGCACCCAAAGGACAAGACAUGGAAACAGAAGGUGGGUUUUGUGUGUGUGCUCAUCAGAACAAGCUUGAAGAGAUGAUCAACGAGCUGGCUGUUGCCAUGACAGCAGUUAAGCACGAGCAAGAGUACAUGGAAGUCCGGGAGAGAAUACAUCGAGCAAUCAACGACAACACAAACAGCAGAGUGGUGCUGUGGUCGUUCUUCGAAGCUCUGGUCCUGGUCGCCAUGACGCUUGGACAGAUUUACUACCUGAAGAGGUUCUUCGAAGUGCGGCGGGUGGUGUAACAUGUAAAAACGUUCCCUAAAUGUGUUCCUGUACCACCGUUACUCUCAAGAACACCUGCCAAGAUGUCUAGUUACACCAUGGAUACGAGACUGGCAUUUUUGCAGUAAAAAUAUUUGAGUACAAUUGGACGUUUUAUGUUAAAUUUUUUACCCCUUUUGUUUUCAUGGUUGUUACUGUUGCAUUUUGAAUUUGGGACUUUUUAAAGAUCUUUCAAAUUAGGUCCAUUUUGAUGAUCAGUUUUUAGUCAUGAUGCUGUUAACUUGCUUUUCCAAUUUUUGGUUGGCUUUCUGUCUCUAAUAACUGAUAGACUUAAACGCUCAUAUGGUAAAAUGAAGGCAAAAAGACAAGACACUGAUAAUAAAUGCAAAUGUCAGAGAAGAAUGUUUGCCAUGUCCUAAGUAAUUCAUGUUCAGUUGAGACCUGAGACACCCCUUCUGAGGCUCAUUCAGAUGUUGUGUUACCAUAGUUUCAGGAAUUUUUUUGUUAGCUGACAUUUUUAGUUUUAGUUUCGCAACGUACUGUGUAGCACCCAACUCAAUGAGCCCUAGACUACCAGAUGCAUUUUUAUUUUGUCAGUCUUAUGACACAGGCCGAAUUGAUUUUAGCAAUUUUGUCGAAUCAUAGUUAUCCAUCCAUGGCACAUAAUGUUUCUUUUGAAUGUGUGUGUGUGUGUGUGUGUGUGCGCGUGUGUGUGUGUACACACUGAAAAAAAGGAAAACAUUACAACUCACUUUGCUUCAGAUGGAUUAGUUGGUUAUAUUGUUCAUUCAUUCUUAUCCUCGAAAAAAACAACAAAUAUUCUAGCUACACCAGCUUCAACUAAUGAACUUUACAUGGAGCCGUUUAGUUUGUAACAUCUGUGGGUUAUGUGGAUCAGAAUGGAUGAGCUUUACAAUAGGUUAUGAUUUGGUGUUGGGGGAGGGGGCGAAACUAUGUUAAGAGUGCGAGCUCGCUUUAGUUGCUUUUUUUUUUUUUUGACAAUUUGGGGUGGGGGCGGGAUUCUAAUUUAUGUGAUGGUAAGCGGUUUUGUACUUUUGAUUUUUCUGGUACAUAUCCAGUUAGAUACAACAUUCAUGCUGUAAUAUUAGAAGAUAAUACAGGGGGUGGUGUUUUCUGGUCUAUUGUCUUUAUAUGUUACAUCUUUACACCCUUAAUGUUGUAUUUUAGUGAAUAUGUCCCAGUUUUGUAAUUGACUUUUUCUGGUGAGCUCAGGCAUUUCUGCUUAAUGCACAGUCAUCUCUGAACUGGAGGGACUACUGAGGAGAAAUUAGGUCAAUUUGACUCAUCAAUGCAAAAUGGAUCAAUACAAUUUGAAAGUUAAAUGCUUGUCUGUGGAAAAUGAUCCUGGUUUCCUAAACAAUAAAUACAAUAUUCUUUAA